CCGGAAGUACUUUUUUAAUGUUGCUGACGAGACGCUCGCUCAAGCAUCGGUGACCGUACAUUUACGAAUGGACGGCAUGAAUUUGACAUCAAACCAUAUUCUAACUAGUCCGAAUCCUUUCAACGAAUGCUUAUUUUUACAAGGCUAUUAGAACGUUAUACAUAUAGCUCAGUUUAGCCGUGUGUAGCAUAGACAUGGCGUCUUGAGCUAUGUGAAAAUGGCUCUAUAACACGUGUUGUGGAGGGCGCGGUCCAUUCAACAAGGAGCUGUGGACAUCAGCAGGCAGGAUGGAGGAGAAGAAACGCAACAUCCGGAUCAUUGAAUGGGAGGACCUGGACAAGAAAAAGUUCUACUCCCUGGGUGUGUUCAUGACCAUGACCACCAGGGCCACAGUCUACCCGUUCACCCUCAUCCGCACCCGGCUGCAGGUGCAGAAGGGCAAGUCCCUCUACACAGGCACCUUUGACGCCUUCUACAAGAUCCUGAAGGCGGAGGGCCCGCGAGGCCUCUACCGAGGCUUUAUGGUUAACACCUUCACCUUGAUCUCAGGCCAGGCCUACAUCACCACCUAUGAACUGGUAAGGAAGUACGUGUCCCAAUAUUCCAGCAAUAAUACAGUGAAGUCUCUGUGGGCAGGGGGAGCGGCGUCCCUGGUGGCCCAGACCAUCACUGUGCCCAUAGAUAUGGUCUCUCAGCAGCUCAUGAUGCAAGGCCAGGUGGGACACCUGAGCCGCUUCAAGGUCAAACCCAAAAUAAUGAUGGCGACAUCCAAGAGCAAAGUGACUUUCGGACAAACCAGGGACAUUGUGGUGCAGAUAUGCGCCGCUGAUGGUUUCCGGGGAUUUUACCGGGGAUACGUGGCAUCCCUCCUCACCUACAUCCCCAAUAGCGCGGUGUGGUGGCCUUUUUAUCAUUUUUAUGCAGAGAACCUUUCCAAACUAGCCCCCAGUGAUUGUCCUCACCUGCUUCUGCAGGCUAUCGCUGGGCCAAUGGCAGCAGCCACAGCCUCCACCAUCACCAAUCCCAUGGAUGUUGUGCGGGCCAGAGUGCAGGUGGAGGGCAGGUCAUCGGUCAUUGCAACCUUCAAGCAGCUGCUGGCAGAGGAAGGACCCUGGGGGAUGACUAAAGGGUUGUCUGCCCGCAUUAUCUCCUCCACCCCCACGGCCGUGGUCAUCGUGGUGGGCUACGAGACCCUCAAGAGACUGAGCCUGCGGCCUGAGCUGGUCAACUCUAGACACUGGUAAAUACCAGAGGGACAACCAGGGACAGACCCGGGCUAGACUGGGCCAGGUAGCCAGGGACACUGUCAAACACAGACAAAACAUGGCUACCUGGUCUCCCAUAUUGCCGAUUCGGUUUGCCUUUGAAAAAACUGUUGCCUUUAUGUUUUAAUGUGAGGUUGGUGGAUUUUAUCAUGCUGUUUGGGCAGAGGAAUUAUGAUUCAUACCUUUUUGUUUUCAGGGAGUACAACUGUAGAUAUUGGAACUUGUCAAUUAGAGGUAUGGAUAAAAAUGUGUGUGUUGUUGCAGCAGAGUAAGCAAAUUAAAGUGUAAUUAAUAAGGAGAGUCGUGUAAUUUACCAAUUAUAAAUGCUUGGUAAAUUUGACACAGGGUUAAACUGGUUUUCAAAAUGGACUCUCACAAACCCCAUGUUGCCCUUAAAAAAUUGUGUUUGUUAACUUUAAAUGGUACAUGUUUGUCAGCUUUGUAUUGUUCAUGUAUUCACCCAAUGGUUGCGUUUCACUGGCAAAGGUAAUGUAGACAACCCUGCUGAGACCCGGUCAACAGGGCAGGUUAUUACAUUCAACAAACAAGUUCUCUUCCUUUGGUGAGAAAGGACCAGGGCUAUGUUGAAUAAGAGCAGAACUGCUCUCUAGUACCCUUUUUCUCUGAAUAUGAUUUGUGUAAAGCAAGUUAUUCAAAGUAGGCUUGGGAAACACUAUGGCAUGGUAAAAUUACUGGUGCUUCCUCAACACAUCUCGAUUUAAAAACAGUACGACCUAUUCCUGCCCUCAAUGCUUGUGGACUGUUGGGAAUAGUACACUAUAUACAAAAGUAUGUGGACAUCCUUUCAAAUUAGUGGAUUGGGCUAGUUCAGCUCUACCAGUUGCUGACAGGUAUAUCAAAUUGAGCACACCGCCAUGCAAUCUCCAUAGACAAACAUUGGCAGUAGAAUUGCCUGAAGAGCUCAAUGACUUUCAAUGUGGUACUGUCAUAAGAUGCCCCCUUAAAUUUCUACCCUGCUUAACUGUAAGUGAUAGUGUGAGGUGGAAACAUCUAGGAGCAACAGCUCAGCCGCAAAGUGGUAAGCCAUACAAGCUCACAGAAUGGGAUCGCUGAAGUGUGUAGCGUGUAAAAAAUAAUCUGUCCUCGGCUGCAACACACUAUCAAGUUCCAUGCUGCCUCUGGAAGCAACAAAAUAACUUAGGCUUGUGUGCGGGUGCCCAUUUAUUUUAUUUUUGUAACCUUUAUUUAACUAGGCAAGUCAGUUAAGAACAAAUUCAUAUUUUCAAUGACGGCCUAGGAACAGAACAUUUCAUGAAGCUCCAGACUAAGAUCACCAUGCGCAAUGCCAAGCAGGAGCUGGAGUGAUGUAAAGCUUGCCGCCAUUGGACUCUGGAGCAGUGGAAAUGCUUCACCAUCUGGCAGUCCAAUGGAUGAGUCUGGGUUUGGAGGAUGCCAGGAGAACGCUACUUUCCUGAAUGCAUAGUGCCAACUGUAAAGUUUGGUAGAUGAGUACCCGCAGAAAUGUUCCAACAUCUAGUGCAAACUCUUCCUCAGAGUGGAGGCCGUUACAGCAGGAAAGGGGGGUACAAACUCCAUAUGAAUGUCCAUGAUUUUGAAAUGAGAUGUUCAACAAGCAGGUGUCCACAUACUUUUGGCGAGGCAGCCAUUCAGGAGUCCAUUGUCCUGAAACAUGCCACAAUAAAAUCCUAUAUGAAGUGUUUAUUGGCCAAAAUUAAAUGUAGCAAUUUGAUUAAUGGUUUCUAAAUGUACUACAUACAUUUCAUGGAGUAUAAGGUUGUGUUUUGAAUAUUUCUUUUUUCUGUAAGUUGUAGACUGAACUGUUGCACUUCAUUGAUUUUAGUUCAUGAAAUUAACCUUGUUUGUAAGCAUUCACGCAUUAUGAAUUUGCCCAUCUGCUCAUACCUUCCUCAAAUAUGAGUGGUGAUAUUUGGCACCAUGCUCAGUUGUGAAAUAUACCCAUGUUAACUGGAUAGGGUGUUCUGAUUUCUUCAAUGAGUUUCAAUUAGCAACAAUUUCAGGUCACAACUGUGUUUUGGAUAAAUGAAGUAAAUAGAUUUACACAAGUUAUUUGAACUUAAUGGAAAAUGUAAAAUACUGUCACAGCACACCCAAACCUUUAAAUUUCUCCUAAUGCUUAGCAAAAAAAUCAUAACUCAUGAAUUUGAAUUGCAAGGUCAUUGACAGUUUGUACAAUAAAUUGGACUUCACACUUUCA